AUGGAAAAUGUAUUGGAUGUGGGAACAUUUUGUGAAAUGCUGGAAGGAUCCCUAAGUACAUCAAGGGCAAGACGAAUUCAAUGUGAAGAAUAUUUAAAACAGGUUCCGAAAAUAGCGGGAUAUAUCAAUACAACAUUGAACAUAGUAAAAAGUGUAAACACAAUAGAUGACAGUAUAAGAAUUUCUGCUUCGAUAUUUUUAAAAAAUAGUAUAAAAAAUAAUUAUGAUAGUUUAGAAAAAGAAGAGAUAUGUAUACUUAUAAAAGAUAUUUAUGAAAGCUUAUUAUACUUAGAGAUGAAAGACAAACAAUUAUAUGUUCAAUUAUUUGAGAUUAUGAAAAUUUUAAUCCAUAAGAAUUUCCCUGAAGAUUUUUAUAUUUUAGAAAAUAUAUUAAAUGAUAUAAAUCAAAGAAAGGAUGUAAGGAAGCUAUAUGUUAGUUUAUACUGCUUAAAAUUAAUAUUUAAAAAAUUAAAAAUAAAAAAAAAAGAGAAUUAUGAAUUAUACACAGAAAUUUUAAAUAAAUAUUUCUAUCCAUUAAUAAACUGCCUAUAUGAUUUAAGCUCAUUAGAUAUAAAUAAUAAUGACGUGAGUGAAAUAUUAAGUAUUAUAUGCAAAAUUUAUUACUAUGUUAAUGAUAGUUUUUUAAUUAAAGAGGUUAUAAUUUUGGAGUAUAUGGAUAACUAUUUUAGUUUAUUUGAUCAUAUAUUAAAGAAUGAAAUAAAUAUACCAAACUAUAUUAAUGAUGAAAAUUAUCUAAAAACCUUACCACAAUAUAAAUGCAAGAGAAUAGUUUUAGACAUUGUUACAAGAUUAUUAUCGAGAUAUAUCAAUGCUAAUUACAAUAAGUUUAACAAUGAUUUAAGCGAAAAAUUUUGUCAAAACUUUUUAAAUAAAUGGUUAUGCCCAUUCUUUGACGAUUUUAUAAUAAUUUUGCAAACUUAUGAUAGAAAUAAAAAAAGUUUAACUGACGAAUGCUUGAUAUAUAUUAUACAAGGCUUAUCAUAUGGUGUUGAAAAUGCAGUUAUAUAUAAAAAUUAUAUAAAAAAUAAUAUCGAAUUUUUGGUUAAAAAUAUUAUAUUCCCAUUAUUAUGCUAUAGUGAUGACGAUAUAGAAAAAAUACUCUACGAUGAAUAUGAUUAUACAAUGAAUAUAUUUAACAGCUAUUCCGUUGAAGACAAAAAAGUUAGUGUCACUUCUUUUAUAAAAGAUCUCACUAGGUAUAGGGGAGUAAAACAUACAUCCGAACUUUUUAUGCUUUGCGAAAGUGUUAUCAGUGCAUAUAACCAAAAUUAUGCUUCCAUAUAUAAUGAUCUUAAUACUGGCAUAAUUUCACCAGCCAAUCCUCAAGGGGCAGAUAACAACCCUAUAGAUACAGACAAACUUGAGCAAGUUUUACGAAACAAAUUUUGUAAAUAUAAAUAUGGUGCACUAAAAAUACUAGAAUGCUUAUAUAACAGAUUAUGUGAUAAAAAACGAAAUAUGAACAUAGAAGAAUUUUUAAAGACAUAUAUAGAAAAUGAUUUAAAUAGCCCAAAUUAUUUAUUAUGCUAUCAAUCUAUUGUAACAUAUUGCUCGUUUAUAAAAAAAAUUGAACAAUUUAAAGAUGUUAAUGGGCUUUUACGUAAUUAUGAAAUCAUAUUAAAUCACAUGAAAAGCUCAAGCUUGUUAAUUCGUGUAGCUAGUGCAUCUUAUAUUAAAAAGUUCUUUAAAAUAAAAAAUUAUGUAUUAAAAGAAGCCAUUAUAAAAACCAUACCAAUUUUAAUCGAGCGAUUAUUGAAUGUCAUUAAGGAAGUUAAAUGUGAAUAUAUUGUUAUGACAUUAGAUAAUUUGGCUUAUACAUAUAAAGACUAUAUAACACCAUAUGUUAAUGACGUUGUUAUAGCACUAUGCUCAAGUUUUGUUUUUCUAAUAAAUAAGAAAGAAGCAGAUGAGGAAAAUACUAAAGGAGGUAGAACUUCAAACUCAUUUGAAAACAGUUUACGAAAUGGUAAUACUGGAAAUGCAAUGAAUAAUACCUUAACAGAUGAUAAUAAUUCACUAUUUAAAGAUUCAAAGUUUAGUAUAAAUGGGGAUGAAAAAAAAGAUAAAAAAAAUGAAAAUGAAGAAUUAGAUUUAAAUUCCGUUAUUUUAUCUAUUUUAACUGCUAUUUUAAGUUUGCUUGAUUCCGUUAAUGAAAGUAAUAAAGCUCAAAUUUAUAGUAGCACUUUAUCUUAUUUAUAUGUUGUUGUUGAUGAAACAUUUAAAUCACCAUCUAUUGAUUACCUUGAGGAAGCAUUAUCACUUCUUACUAAUAUAACAUACUAUUUAGAUAUUGAUGAACAAGUUUAUAUGCGCUUUGAAAAAUUAUAUGAUAUAUUUUAUUUCAAUACCGAUGAUAAUUUGAAAUUGCAAGAAUUAAAUAUGAUUAGAAAUAAUCCACAACUUGCUUUAAGCACAGAUAUGAUAUUAAACGAAAAAAAUACAGAUGCUUAUUUUUAUGAUUUUAUUUUUGACUUAUCAUUCUCUCUUGGAGUUUUUGACAAUAUUAUUUCGAAAGCAACCCAAUACUUUGUUAAUAUAUAUAGCGAAAGAUACUGUAUGAAAUAUACACAUAUGAUAUAUAGAUUAGGUAUAUUUGCUUUACAUUCACGAAUUAUUAAAAGCAGUUGCAAAUUAUUUUAUAUUUUGUUUGAAGCUACAGUAAAAAUUCGAGGAAUCGAUGAAUUGAUAGAACCAAUUUUAACAGCUUUUUCAUUAAAACUAUUUAAACAUGAUCAAGUUCAAGCAUUAUUAUUAAGUCAGAAAAAAGCAAAAGAAACACCAUCAGGGGCAGAUAAUAAUGGAGCUAAUGAUGGGGCUGAUAGUUUAUGCAGUGAAUAUGAUGAAGAUAUAUUAAGCAAAACAAGUAUUGAAUAUAUUAAAAAAUUAUUUUAUUCAAUCAUAAUUUAUAAUUCUGAAAGUUUCUUUAUUUUUUUUAACAAAAUGAAUAAAACAAAUUAUAUAUUACUAUUUUUAUCAAAUAUGAGUGAUGUCAAAAUUAAUUCAACACGAAAAAUGUAUGUAUUAGCUAUGAGUGCAAUACUUGAAAAUAUACACAACCCCAAUAUAAGUAUGCACAUACCUGACGUCAACUCUUUUAUAAUAAACAUUGCAAAUGUUGCAAAUGACUAUCAUAUAAAUAGAAAUAAUGAUGAUUCAUCAGAAAAAUCAAUAGAUUCAAAAUCUUCAUCAGGAGAUGAAAAUAGUGAAAUCGACAUUGAUGAAAAUGAGGAUGCUACUAAUGAUAAAGCAUUUAAAUUAAUUAAAACUAUUGAAGCUUUAGAAAAAAAAAAUGAUCUUAAAAUUAAGCUUAAAGAUCAUGUUAUAGAUAAUGUCGAUGAAUUGGCACAAAUACAAGGAGAUAAUCAAACUCAAAAUAAAUUAGGAAGAAAUUUUAAUCAAAAUGCUGACCAGGAAGAAGAAGAAGAUGAAGAUGAUGAUGAUGACGAUGAUGAUUAUUAUGACUAUGACGAUUGUUCAGAUUAUAGUAGCGAUGAAUAUCGAAAUGGUUUUUUUGACGAUAUUAAUCCUUUUAAAACUUUAUAUGACGCAACCUUUAAUUUUUAUAAAAAAUAUGAAAAUUUAUGUAACCAAGAAAUAUUAGGAAAAAUUAAAUAUCUUGUUGAUGCUGACUUAACUGCGCAAAUGCAGGAACAGUCAAAAUAA